UACAUAGCUAUUGUGCUUUCCCAAGAAACAGCGGAGGUUCGAGUUCUCGUAGGAUUGUGCAGCUUUGCACGUAUCAGAAAUCCAUCCAGAACCCAAAUCAGGGGCCGAGGGAGAUCUCUAGACAAUCGCUGUCGAAGCGAAAAGCACUUAAGCUUGGUGGAUUGACCGGCCGGACCGGGUUAUCACAUAGCAGUUUUAUCAUCAAUAACAACCUCUCCCUCGCAGAGGUUAAAGAUAAAGCCCUCAGGAUAAUGAUUCCUGAUUCUAGUUCUAUACCCGCAGAAGUAAAAGCCCUGGUUUUCGACUGCGAUGGUACUCUUGUGGAUACAAUGCCAAUUCAUUGGAGGGCUUGGUGUAAAAUCUGCAAAGAGACAGGACUCGUUUUCCACAAAACCGACUUCUACACGUUAGCGGGAGUACCCGGAAAGAAGAUUAUCAACAUUCUGGCCAAACAACAGGGAAUCAAACUUGAUCCGUUCGUUAUUUACGACAGAAAAAGGAAGUACUUUCUUGAAGGGUUAACGUCCGUUGCCCCCAUUCCAUGUGUUGUACGAAUCGCUCGAGAAGCUCAAAGAUUGGGAAUCCCAAUCGCUGUUGCUUCGGGAAGUUCGCGCACCCAAGUUCAAAAAGGUAUUAACCCUACAAUUCGAUAUUUUGGCUACAAUACCCUUAAGUUAAGUAGCGAAUCUUAAAAAGUAUCAUUAAGGAUACCUGUGUGAUAUAGUGGAGAGCGUUUUGUGUAGGCUCUUGUAGUUUAGAACACAAGAUUCUGGAUUAUUUACAUUAAUCGAUAUUUAGUUUGAGCAGCAAGAUGGCCGCGCCCCCUGACAUACCCUCAGACGAAUUAUUUCUAAAACAGUUUAGUUCCAAAUUUCAGCAAAAGAACAUCUUAUUUUUGUAAUUUUUUCGGGGCUUUGUCGUAUCAGCGUUUUUCCCUAUAACUCAAUGUUGUCUUGUACAAAGAAAAUAUCGAAGCCUUUCGAUAUGCAGUACAAAGUCCAUCGGAAAACAAUGGAAGUUGAACGCGUUCAUUUAUUUAACCGAGAACUCCCUAAAUUAGCCAAAAAACCUCUUAUAGAGCCCCUUUGUUUUCGAGAAGCUCAUUCAAUCGACAUGUUCUUCAUCGGGUUUUCAUGUUGGGCAUUUUGUGUUUGUUAUUGUGUCGAAAAUAUUUAUGAAAGUUGAGAACGAUCACAACAUGAGAGUUUGGAGGAGUGCGGAGGGUGUGUGCGAAUAGAGCAUUUUGAUUGGUUACCUACAGGUGGUGUCGGUGCUAUUGUCAACAAUGUUCGAUGGAGCACGUACGCAGUAGCGCUUUUGAAACAACAGUAUUUUUUUGUCUUUAGGGCCGAUUUGGUGAGAGUAAAUUUUAAACACAACUUCUUAUUUGAACGAAAAACCUGAGCUUCAGCUGGUGAUGAGAUCGGUUUGGGCCCCUUUUUUUUUCGUGACGUUUUAUUCAACGGGAGAUGGUAGUUAACCGCGGUAAAAAAUCAGGUGCUAAACCGGCAAUAAAUUAUUCAAAACUUCACUUUGACUAAAUAGCGAUGAUACUGGUUAAAGCAAAGUGUUCGAUUUUUAACUGAUUUGAGGAUUUUUUUCUCGUAAGGGGUUUACAACUACAACUAUAAUCGAAAACUUACCUUAAGUGUAAUUAUAACAAACGACUUGUUUUUCAGAAGGUUCUAGAGAUUUAGAGAUUCUCAAAAUUUUCCUUAAGUUUUACUAUUCUUUUCUCAGCAAUUUCAGCCACUUAAAAUAACUGUUUUCAAUGUUUGACCAGUGAUAUUUUGGGGAUUUUCUAACGAACACCAUGACAUUUAGUAACACCUAAAUAAACUUCUUUGUGAGAUUGCACUUUCAACAUUGUGGCUGUUACCGGGAUGCAUUUUUUAUCACCUUUUAAGAUGCUUAGUUUUCAGUAGGAAAUUUGUUAAGUGCCCUUUAAUUACAUACAUUUCCAUUGGAUGUAGUUCAAUCUUACAGCAUUUUACUUUUCAUGGAUUCCUUCACUGAGUAAUGUUUUGGUCAGGAUUUUUUGCUCUCUACAAUAAAAUCAAUGUUUUUGUUUUUUUUUUUUUCAUAUACAGCCCUGAGACUAGCUGGGAUUGACAACCUAUUUGAUGUAGUGCUUGGAAAUGAAGAUUAUAAAGAACACAAACCUAAACCAGAUGCAUUUAUCACAGCAGCCAGUAGACUUGGCGUCAAACCUGAGGAAUGCUGGGGCUUUGAAGACACGUAAGGACUUUAUUUCUUUUCACUUCCUGAAACUGUUGUAUUCAAUUGCCAUUUGUCGUAAAAUAUCUCUUGGAAUAAUAUUUUACUUAAACUCCAGUUGAAACUUAUUUUCGUAAUAGGAGUAAAAUUCAUAAGGUUUUGUAGUUGCUUUUUAGCAGCAAUAAAGCACUACAUGUUUUUAAUGGUUUACAUAACUUUUUCACAAGUUCUCACUAUGGCAAAGAGAAGCAAGGGCUAUUAUUCAUUUCACAAUACAAGCUUUACACCGUUUAACUUAAAACUAUAAUGUUUGAAAUAUCCCAUCAAAGCAAAUAUUGUAAUAUCAGUGAAACCCUAGUUCAGAAAAUAGCAUAUCUGAUUGACAUUUUAGGGAUAUUGGCCUUGAAGCAUUAAGACAAGCUGGAUACCACAGGAUAACAGAUGUACGGCAAAUGGAAGGAUAUCCAGUCAGGACAGAUGAAAAUGGACUAGCAAUAACAAAUCACAGCACAGAAUUUCGUACUCAAAGAUAUAGAGCCUUUACAACUUAAAGAGGUAAUUGACAUGCCUCUGUAAAGCGUAAAGUUACCAUGACAUUCAGUGCAACCCUUAAAUGAUGGUAGAUGUGUCACUAAGUUACUUUGUUUCAUAAGUUAUUUUUAUUUCAUUCUAACUUUCCUUUUUCUUAUUCUAUAUAUUAAAAGAAAAUUCAAUGGGCCUUUUCAAGAGGAUCUUUGGUGGAAUAAUGUUAUUUAAAAACCACAUCAAUUUAGAAGCUGUAAAAUCUACAUUUAUCUUUAGAGAUGUGAACAAAAGUUUCCAGGGGACAAAAUCUUUGAAGUAAGAAUGUGGAAAUGGAUAUCAUUUUCAGAAACCUUUUAAAAAAUGUUUAGUCUAGCUUUAUCUCAUCAAAUGAAUUUUGCAGAGUUCAGUUAGGGUUUGAAACAUAUAUUAAUUUGAACAUUGUGGAGUGGAGUGAUGUUAGACAAUUCAUGUUUGGUAGAGAGCUUUAGAUAAUAUUUUUCAUUUGUCAACAGUCUGCAUUUGAGGGUUGCACUGAAAUUUUCAAAUCUAUAAACUUUUAUACAUGCAUUGUACAUUAAUUUUAUAAAAAAAGGAUCUGAUCACUCUCUUAGGCCUACACAGCUUCAGUUUUUUGACAAUGAUCUCAUGGGGAAAAACUUUGAGAACUAGUUAAUGUUACUAUACUCCAAGCUAGGUGUUUUGUGAUUGAAGAUUCUAUUUCUGUUAUAGAUGAUUAAGAGUUGAUUUCUUUGUAUGUAAUUCCUGCUUUUACCAAAUCUGCUUUGUAGUUUCCUGAUUGCUGCAAUUUUGUUACAUAAUUUUUAGCAGGUUUUUGAUUAUUAAUCAACUGAAGUUCAGUUGACUAUUACAUCCUAAGAUUUGCAGACCCAUGAAUAUCACUGAGAAUGAUUUGAAAAUAACGGUUACUAAUUACAUAGGGAACAAAGUGAUUAUACACUGAAAUUAUUAACAGCAAAAGUAUUUGGUUUAGAUGAUGUUGAAACCAGAAAGGUUGCAAAUAUGCUAUUUCUUUAAAUUUUGUUGUAAAAAGUUAUCAUGAUGUAUUUAUUUAAAUUUUAGUUUCCCAAGUUUUAUUGGGAAUCAUCAGAAGGUAUUAAUGAUUUAAAUAUGGGAAGGAUAGGCAGAAAAAUUACAUUCACUGGAGAACAAAACAUGUUGGAGUUAGUGAUUAUAAGCAGAGUAUGAUUCUUUAUGAAUUAUAUGUAGUAAAACUAUGUGUUUUAUUACUGUUAGAACUAUCCUUCUCUGAUAUCUUGAUCAGAUGUAGAAACUUGUUUAGAGGGAAAGGAAAAUGAACUGGGAAAUGAUUGAAUGAUGAUAUUGAUCAAUGCUUCAUUGGAAAGAAACCACAAAGAAUAUCAAGGGAAUCAACAUUGAAAGAUUUCGAAAUUGUUUUAACAAAACACAUAAAUUGAAAUAUUGGAACAAUGUUAUUAUCCAUACUUGUUGGUGAUCGCAUAAAAUUAUAGGCAGAUACAGACGGGCAUUCUAAUGUUGAAGAAUGUGCCUAGUUACUUUGAAGGAACUGACCAUGCAGUAAUUUCGUACAUUAUCAAAUUGAUAAAUUUCUUAAGCUUGCAGGUGACAAGAUUGAAGAAAUCGUUGGAUUUAAUUCCAAAUUACCACAGCUAGAAUGUGAUAAAAAGUUAAGCUAGCCGACAGUAAAGGGACUUGACACAAAGAUUAAGCUGCUACAUCAAGGGAAAAAAGUAUAAUUAAAAAGAAAAUAAAUAGAUGGAUAUUUACUUCAAUGUGUCAUUAUUUUUCUCUUGGGUUCAAUAAUGUUAUUUUUUUUGUACCCACCAAUUCAUUUGUGAGUCCAAACUUUUAAAAAUGCGGCUUUUUGCUAGAAAG